AUGUCUAACCAAACCUCUAUGACAGAAUUUCUGCUGUUGGAGUUCUCAGAUAUCCGUGAAAUACAGAUUCUGCAAUUUGUUGUGUUUCUGGUUUUUUAUUUGGCUGCCAUUUCAGGAAAUCUCAUCAUUAUUUCUGCAGUCAUUCUUGAUCGCCGACUACAUACUCCUAUGUACUUCUUUCUUAUGAAUUUAGCUAUAACUGAUCUUGGAGCUGUUUCUGUCACCAUACCCAAAUCCAUGUCAAAUUCUCUCAUGAACACCAGAUUGAUUUCAUAUGUUGGUUGCAUCUUUCAAGUGUCUCUCUUCCUCCUCUUUGCAGCUUCUGAUUAUACUCUCCUCACAGUCAUGGCCCAUGACCGAUACAUUGCUAUCUGUAACCCACUUAGAUAUGAGGUAAUUAUGAACAAAGGAGCCUGCAUCCAGAUGGCAGGCAGUGCAUGGCUCAGUGGAUUUCUUUAUGCCAUCUUGCACACUGGUACUACCUUUGCCAUGACUUUCUGUUCCAAUGUAAUUGACCAGUUUUUCUGUGAGCUUCCACAGCUACUAAAAAUCUCAUGCUCUAAUUUAUACCAAGUUGAAAAUGUCCUUCUUAUCCUGAGUGUUACCAUAGCAUUUGGCUGCUUUCUCUUUAUAGUUGUGACUUACAUCCAGAUCUUCCUAACAGUGCUUCGAAUGCCCUCAUCAAAAGGAAGACAAAAGGCUUUUUCUACAUGCAUUCCUCAUCUCAUCGUUUUCUCAAUGUUCCUGUUCACUGGAAUGCUUGUGUACUUGAGACCAAUACCUCAUGUCUCCUCAGAAACCAAUAUGGUAUUUGCUGUCAUAUAUUCAGUGGUUCCACCCAUGAUGAACCCACUGAUCUACAGCAUGAGGAAUAAGGAAAUAAAGGUUGCUGUAUUCAAGCUUUUAAAUUUAAAUAACUUUAUAAAAUUGAUUUAA